AUGCGUUUCUCAGCAACCGCCGUUUUGGCUGCCGCGGCCGCGACGUCGGCGUCUGCCCAGUCUGUCGUUGGCACGGCUUACGGCUUCGCCAAGGGUGUUACUGGUGGUGGUAACGCAGCCGCUGCCAUCCCCUCCUCCGUCGACGAACUCACUCAGUGGCUUGCCGACGAUACCCCCCGUACCAUCAUCGUCGACAAGGAGUACGACUUCACAGGCACCUCUGCCAAGGGCAAGGGCUGCAGCCGUAAGAGCUGCACAGUUGCCAACGGCGGCCAGCUCUUUCUUGGAGACCUCUCCUGCGGCACCAGCGAUAACGUUGCCACCACCGUCAGCUACGACCUCGCUGCUACCGAGCCCCUCAUCGUAGGCAGCAACAAGAGCAUUCUCGGCUCCAAGGGCAAGGGAAUACUCAACGGCAAGGGCCUUCGUGUCAAGACCAACGCCAAGAACGUUAUCAUUCAAGGCAUCGAGAUCACGAACUUGAACCCUAGCGUUGUCUGGGGAGGUGAUGCCAUCGACUUGCAGGGCGGCAACGACGGUGUCUGGAUUGACCACAACAGAAUCUCCAAGAUUGGCCGUCAGUUUAUCGUCACCCACUUCGCCGGUUCCCGCGUCACCAUUUCCAACAACUACUUCGAUGGAGCCACCCCGGCUUCAACCACCUGCAACGGCAACCACUACUGGACCGAGAUGCAUCUUGGUGACGGAGACCAGAUCACCAUCGACAGAAACUACUACGUCAACGUCUCUGGCCGUUCCCCCAAGCUCGGUCCCAAGGGUACCUUCCACGCUACCAACAACUUCUUCCAGAACGUUCAGGGCCACACUUUCGAGCUGUUCACUACCACCCUUGCUCUCAUUGAGGGUAACGCAUUCGAGAACGUGAAGCAGCCUUACGUCGGCCAGGUCUUCUCAAACAGCUUCAACGCCCCUGACGCCAAGUCUGCUGCUGCCUGCUCCUCCAAGAUUGGCCGUGCUUGCGUGAUCAACAGCGUCGACUCCAAGAGUGGCCAGUUCAAGGCUUUGGCCCAGACUAACGUUCUGUCCACCUUCGCGAAGCUUAGCGGAUACCUCGUCAAGCCCGUUGCUGCCGACACCGUCGCCAGCCUUGUCGUUGGCAACGCCGGUCCCGCUAAGCUUGGCGGCUCCGGCUCCGGUGCUACCCCUACCACUGUUGCCACUUCUACCCGCAAGGCUACCUCUGCCCCUGCUUCCCACACCACUAAGGCCGCUCACUCCUCGAAGGCUGCUCAGUCUUCCAAGACCAAGGCUGCUCACACCUCAAAGGCCAAGCCUACUCCUAGCACUCCCAGCACUCACACUUCCACCAAGAGAGCAUCCUGCCAGCAGACCGCUGCUGGAAACUCCACCGAGUCGGCUAUCGUUCAGAACUACCACCAGUGUGGUGGAAAGGGCUGGACUGGUGCCACCGUUUGCGUCGCUGGAACGUCUUGCGUUGUUCAAAACGAGUGGUACUCUCAGUGCGUGAGCUCCGCUACAAGACGCAGCUCCAAGGCGCUCCGUCGUGUCUAAAGAUCUAGACAUUGUAUACAUGAAGACCAAGAAGUCUUCAAAGCUAAGGUGUGACUGGAUGGCACCCAGUUUUUUUUCUUGGAGAUAGU